AUGGCUACCAGUAAUUACUCCCUAGUGACUCAGUUUAUCCUCAUAGGGCUAACAGACCAGCCAGAGCUGCAGCUGCCCCUCUUCCUCCUCUUCCUGGGCAUCUACGUGGUCACUGUGCUUGGGAACCUGGGCAUGAUCAUAUUGAUUAGACUCAGUUCUCAUCUUCACACCCCCAUGUACUAUUUCCUCUGCAGCUUGUCCUUCAUUGAUCUCUGUCAAUCCACUAUCAUCACCCCCAAAAUGUUGGUGAACUUUGUGUCAGAGAAGAACACUAUCUCUUACCCAGCAUGCAUGACUCAGUUCUAUUUUUUUGCUGUUUUUGGAAUCUCUGAAUGUCACAUGCUGGCUGUGAUGGCAUAUGACCGCUAUGUUGCCAUAUGUUGCCCCCUUCUUUAUAGCCUUAUGAUGUCCCAUCAGGUGUGCUCCUGGUUGAUUGGUGGGGUGUAUGCAUUGGGCCUGGUUGAGGCCACAGCUGACACUGUAUGCUUGUUUAGAGUGCUCUUCUGUAAAGACAAUGCUAUCAAUCAUUACUUCUGUGAUCUCCUUCCACUCUUGAAGCUCUCUUGUUCCAGUACCUACGUCAAUGAAGUGGUAAUUAUGUCAUUUGGUGCAUUUAAUGUCUUUUUCCCAGGCCUGAUCAUUAUUUGCUCUUAUGUUUUUAUCAUUUCCAGCAUCUUACAAAUUCACUCCACAGAAGGCAGAUCUAAAGCCUUCAGCACCUGCAGUUCCCAUAUUGUAGCAGUUGGGGUCUUCUUUGGCUCUUGUGCAUUCAUGUACCUACAGCCAUCUUCAUCCAUUUCCAUGAACCAGGGGAAAGUGUCCUCUGUCUUUUACACUGUCAUUGUACCCAUGCUAAACCCCCUCAUCUACAGUCUCAGAAAUAAGGAUGUCAAAAUUGCUUUUAACAAAGUGAUAGAGAGAGAAACCUUCUAA